AGAUUGCAGGUCGGCAGAUACGGGCCGGUAUCGCACCCGCCCGCCGCGCCGGUCGACCUCGGCGCCGCGAGUCAGGUGUCGCGUGUCCACCUGCGUUCGGCGCGCCCGCUGUAAACAGAGGCGCGCGGCGGUGUCAGUCAGUCGUGCCCCAGCAGCGGAGGACGGAGCCGCCUCGUGCCGACCGGCCGGGACCACCGCGUGACGCUCACACCCAGGCAGAGCGCGGAGAGGGCACCGGCCGGCACCGAGCCGCGCCGGCUGGCUGCGGCCGCGGUGGUGUUGUGGUGUGCUCAGCUCUGGUGCUGUGGUGUCGGCUGUCGGUGCGGCCUACUCGGAUGCCCCGGCCAAACGUGUCGUGUGCUGACUGACAGUGGUGUGACUCGGCCGGCGGAGCAGUGAGCACUGAGCAGUGGGCAGUGAGCAGUGAGCUCUGAGCAGUGAGCACUGAGCAAUAAGCACUGAACAGUGAGCAGUGGGCACCACCAGGCCCGAGAUGUGACCCGGACGCGGCGUGACGCUGUCGAGCGCACAGUGUGACCCGGGCGCGCCAGUGACGCUCGUCGUGAUGUGUGGGUGAUCCACCACACCAGCACGCUCCGACAAUACCGUGCAGUGUCACCGUGAACCUGUGACCUUGCCACCACCCGGCGGCGACCCUCGCUGUGACUGCGGCCCGCCAUGGCGGAGGGGCCGGCUGACGACACCGUGCUCCACCUCGAACUGAACAGCGAGGCGAACACGCGGCGUAUCGCCAUUGUGGAGCAGUGUUUCGGCAGCUCCGGCCAGCCGCUGGCCGUCCAGGGCCGCGUGCUGGUCGGCGAGGGCGUGCUCACCAAAAUGUGCCGCAAAAAGCCCAAGCCGCGCCAGUUCUUCCUCUGCAACGACAUCCUCAUCUACGGCAACAUCGUCAUCAGCAAGAAAAAGUACAACUGCCAGCGGAUCAUCCCGCUGGAGGAGGUGAAACUGGAGUCGCUCGAGGACGACGCGCAGUACAAGAACGGCUGGCUGGUGCGCACGCGCACAAAGUCGUUCGCCGUGUACGCCGCCACCGCCGCCGAGAAGGCAGAGUGGAUGGCGCACAUCAACAAAUGCGUCGACGACCUGCUCAAAAAGAGCGGUAAGCUGGGCGCCACUGACCACGCGGCCGUCUGGGUGCCCGACACCGAGGCCGGCAGCUGCAUGCACUGCAAAAAGAGUCAGUUCACAAUCAUCAACCGGCGCCACCACUGCAGAAAGUGCGGUAAGGUGGUGUGCGGUCCCUGUUCCAACAAGAAGUGGAUUCUGCCCAGCCAGUCGUCCAAGCCUCUACGUGUCUGCCUGACCUGCUACGACGAGCUGAGCCGAGCCAAGGCCGACGACAACCGGCUGGCCGGCGACACACGAGACAUCCGCGCCCCGACGCACCAGAACUCUGUGGACUCGUCAUCGGAGGACUCGGAGGACGAGUUCUCGAACGGCAACAAUCCUCCGGCGGUCGGCGGCGGCCCUCCCGACGAGCCUAACGUGACCCAGUUCUACCGCAAAUCCACCACGGAUGGCGGGGACGGACCGCCCUCGGAGCUGCCGCCGGCCACGGAGGCCACCAACUGACCGAGCGCCGCGGCACGCGCGCACUCGUGCCUUCUCGAGACCGGUGGCGUCUGACCGCAGGAGUCGGAUGUCACCGCUGGAGUCUGAAGUCGCCGCUGGAGUCUGACGUCUGACCGCAGGAGUCUGACGUCGCCCCUGGAGUCUGACUCGCCGCUGGGACAUCAUUACAUGAGGGACUCUCGGUGGCGCCGGGAGUGAUGUGGUCCUCUGAGCCGAAUGUACCGUGUCGCCGUCCCGCGCACCGGCGGGGGUCGUUACUUCGUUAACCUGCCGGCGCGGGAUGCUGUAAUCGUUGAACUGAGAUGUGUCGGUUCCGGCGCUCGCUGGCGCCGCGCCGUGGGGCUUCUUCCAUGCAUGGCGUCCGUGUUACUUGCCAGGCGCCGGGCGGGCGCCUCUGGGGCCGCCGCCGGCUCGCAGCCGGACGGCCGUAUAUUAGCGUGUAGUAGUCAGAGAGAGGCCGGCGGUAUUUACAGUCGGGCGGGCCGACCGCGCAGCACCGGGCGGCAGGCGCCGCCACCAAGUACGAAAUACACUUCACCCUAUUUUACA